AUGUUGCUUAACGAGCAUAUUGCAUUGGUAACCCCUCAGAUUUUGCUGUGUCCAUACAGCGAACAUCAUGUACCCACAUAUCACGAAUGGAUGAAGGACGAGGAACUCCAAGAACUCACAGCCUCCGAACCUCUGAGUCUACCCGAGGAAUACGCCAUGCAACAAUCCUGGCGCCAGGACCACGACAAACUAACCUUCAUCGCCUGUCUACCCCCCUCUCCCAUCCCUACAACCAUCGUACCAAAAGAAAACGACACACCCUCUGCCAUGCUGGGAGACAUAAACUUAUUCCUCUUCGACGACGAUGACGACGACGAAGACCGAACCAACAACAAGCACAAAACCAACGCCUCCAACACCAUCGUCGGCGAAAUCGAACUAAUGAUAGCCCUAAAAUCCCACCAUCGCAAAGGACACGGACGCGCAGCACUCCUCGCUUUCCUGCAUUACAUUCUCACAAACACUGCUGCCAUACUCGACGAAUACGCAAAAGCCAAGACAGCGGCACAUCUGCGUUACCUGCGUGUCAAAAUCAACAAGGAGAAUGUCAAGAGUGUUAAUUUGUUCGAGAGUGUCGGGUUCGUGAAGACAAGUGCAGAAGCUAAUUAUUUUGGUGAGGUGGAGUUGAGGUUGCAAGUUCUGGGGGAUGGGAAUGUGUUGGGUGGGUUGGAGGAGGUCAGAGGGUGGUGUGGAGGUCCGUUGGUUUUGGAGUAUAGAGGGGAGGUGUAG